AUGUUUGACCUCUAUUAUUAUAUUGAAUGUGAAAAUUCAGUACCAGACAAAUCGUUCCUCAUAUGUGUAUAUCCCAAAUGGUUAAAGAACGAUGAUGAUUUCAGCGACCCUUGGCUUCAGUCUUUGUUGCUAGAAGAUGGAGCUACCAGCUUUAAAUUCAGUGAAAAAUAUGGUAUAGUCUAUUCUGAUUAUGUAACCACAGUAGCCGACGACGCAGCUCUCAAAAGAUUAGCAAAAAGAAAAGUUAACGAUACAAAGAUUGGAAAAGCCUGGCAACUAAAAGAUGACAAUGGUGCACCGACUCUAAUAGAGGACGACAUUAAUAUUUCCAGAAACCAAAUUACGGUGAAAAAUGCAACCAAACAGCAAAUUAUCACUGGUUUGACGAUUGGUAAUGUUAUCGCCAACGUGAAAACCUUGAAAGCCACUGGAACAGAUCAAGAUUCUACAUUGACAGCUAAUAUCCCCGAGGAUAUUUCGUACAAAAUCGCUGUUUUUGCCGAUUAUCAACCGGGUAAGCCUACCAAGGAGCCUGCAGCAGAAGGUGAAAUACGAUAUGAAGGUGACUUCAAUGUCGCGAAA